UGGGAUGUGGGCUACAAAAUGUUAGGUAUGGGUAGGCCCAAGUAGCAUAGAUUUGGAAAAAUAAAAGAGAAAAGCCAGGUAGGAGUUACAACGGUCGAAAAGUAAAUGAGAAACGCAGAAAUCAGGAUAUUGUCUCCUUUCAUCACAUUCUCUUCUCUUUAACGUUGCUUCCCUCCCUUUUUUCUCCAACGUUACAACUAUCACCAACCCCCCCUUUUUCUCUCUCUCCUCCAUUUUCAGUUGUCCUGUCUUUCCUCUCUCUCACUCACAUUCACUCCAGUAGCUUCCUAGCUACAUACAUUCAUACUUACAUUCGAGAUAGAAAAUGGAGGCUGCUAAGAUCGACUGGAAGAACAUUGAAUCUGUGUUCGUCAUUGAUCAAGUUUUCGAGAACAUCAAUGCUCCUAAAUGGGUUGAUUUCUUGGCUUCUCCUUCUUCUUCUUCUUCCUCAUCCAAUGAUGUUGCUUGGUUUUGCCGCCCUGUUGUUGAGAUCUGUUAGUGUAUCGAAGCUCAUUGGACUUGCCGAUUGGACUCGAAAAGAACCCACUCUUUUCAAGAGGCGUACUCCACCUAUUCAAGAUUCUGAAAAUCAAAACCCUAAUUUCUCAACUCCUCAAUCUUAUCACCAUUAUUAUACUGAUGAAAAACCCAGAUUAAAACCCACUAAUUCUGCUAAAGACUUGUUUGGUGGGAGGGACCUUUUUGGUAAAAUCAGCGAUUUCUGUAAUGAGUUAAAGAAGAUUACCAGAGUUAGGGACAAAGAGGAUGAGAGCCCUGAGAAAGAGGAGGAUCAAUUGUCACUGCACCAAGGACAAGGGCAUCUCAAACUCAAUCCCAACCACUCUUACAAACCAUUAGGCUCGGUCCCCGUUGCCGCCCUCGCUCCCGGCCUCAAAGACAAGGAGAACAGGAUGAUUGACAGUGAUAAUAAGGAAAGGAAGCCUUUGCUUCAGGUUAAAUCUGAAGGUGCACUCAAAACCAAUGCCAAACCCAAGCUCAGGAGAAACAUGAGAGAUGAUGAAGCAGAGAAUAUCCCUAUUUCUCUGAAUUUGAACAAUGUUAAGCGUGAGGCUAAGGUAUCGCCCAUACGAACGAAUCCUCCUACACCUCAGGGGUUCUCAGCCACUCGUGAUCCUAUCAAGGCCACACCUUCAAAGGGAACAAAGUCUAAGCUCAUGGAAAGAGAGAUUUUACAAGAAUUGGGACAGAAGAAGACGCUGAGGGAUGAGCUUGACGAGAACAUUGAGAAGAGUGAAAAUGAGAAUGCAUCUCUUGUUGCUGCAAAAGAAGGAAGAACAUUGGAUGUUUUCUGGUUCUUAAAGCCUUGCACACUGUCUAGCUAAUGAACACAGUUUUAAGCAUAGUCAUUCUUUUAAUUUUUUCAUAUAUAUAUCAUUAGUUUAUUUGGGGGGUGAAAGAAGAACAGAAUCCCAAUAAUCCAUUCAAUUUGUCAAAUAGCGUACAUCUGUAGGUUUUGUGUUUAUGUAGCUUUCUAUUUUUACAUUAUUCAUUUGUCUAUGAUUUUCUAAUAAAGGUAUACUAUUCAAGCAUUGUAUGCGACAUAUUUGGUGAGUAACUGAGUAAUAUAUUUGGUUUA